CUAUGUGACAGAGCUGACUGAUCUAAUCAAAUCAAAGUCAUCACCUGAGCAGAGUGGGGUGGAUGACUCAGCUAACUUUGUGGGUUUCUUUCCAACCUUUGUGUGGGCUCUGAGAGAUUUCUCCCUGGAGCUGGAAGCUGAUGGAAAACCCAUCACUGCUGAUGAGUACCUGGAAUAUUCGUUGACCCUGACAAAAGGAUCUGAUAAGAAAAGUGAAAGCUUUAACAAGCCUCGGCUCUGCAUCAGGACAUUCUUCCCAAAGAGGAAGUGCUUUGUCUUUGACAGGCCUGCUCAGAGAAAGUAUCUUUCUAAACUAGAGACAAUUAGUGAAGAAGAUCUGAGUAGUGAAUUUGUAGAACAAGUUGAAGAGUUCACCUCAUACAUCUUCAGCCAAAAGGAUUACUAAAGGUCAGAAAAAAUGAAAACAGCCUGUUUACAGAGCCUGGUGCUGACCUAUGUCAAAGCCAUUAGUAGUGGAGAACUACCCUGCAUGAAGAAUUCUGUCCUGACUUUAGCACAGAUAGAGAACUCAGCUGCGGUGCAAAAGGCCAUUGAGCACUAUGAAGAACAGAUGAACCAGAAGGUCCAGUUGCCAACAGAAACCCUCCAAGAGCUUCUAGACAUGCACAGACCCAUUGAGAGUGAGGCCAUUGAGGUCUUCAUUAAGAAAUCUUUUAAGGAUGUAGGCCAAAAGUUCCAGAAGAAAUUAAGGGACCAGCUGGUAGUGAAGCGAGAUGCUUUUAUUAAGAAAAACAUGGAUGUGUCAUCAGCUCAUUGCUCAGAUUUGCUAAAGGAUAUUUUUGGACCUCUGGAAGAAGAAGUGAAACAGGGCACAUUUUCUAAACCAGGAGGUUAUUACCUCUUUCUUCAAAAGAAACGGGAGCUAGAGAAAAAGUAUAACCAGACCCCUGGAAAGGGGCUCCAGGCAGAAGAGAUGCUGAAAAAGUACUUUGAGUCCAAGGAUGACAUGGUUGAAACACUUCUAAAGACAGAUCAGUCACUCACGGAGGCCACAAAGGAGAUUGAAGUGGAACGUAUAAAGGCUGAAGCUCUUGAAGCUACCAACAGAGCUUUAGCAGAGAAGCAAAACAAGUAUGAGCUGCUGAUGGCAGAGAAGGAUAAGAGUUACCAGGAGCAUAUGAAACAGCUCACUGAGAAGAUGCAGCAGGAACGGGUACAGCUAAUGGCAGAAAAUGAAAAAAUUAUAUCUCUCAAACUUAAG